GUAACCCGUGAUCGGUGUGGCGCAACCUCUUGUAACCGGCGAACGUGAUGCCGGUCUCGAAAACCGAUUGGGAAUGAGCGUACGGUUUCUGGGAAAAUUAUCCCCCCAAAGCAUGCGCACGUUCCCCAACGAUUCAUGUGGAGCUUAUAUUGUGGACUAAAGGUCACCUUGAGUCCAGUCUGCAUUCGCAUUUUCAAGUUUCAGCUGUUAUCAACCACCAGUGCUUCAAACCAGUAAAUAUGGCCACUAAAGACGCCUUGAUGACCAAACUGGCCGAUAAGGCCCCAGUAUCCGGCGACAGGAUUACCGUCGUCGGCUCUGGGCAAGUAGGCAUGGCCAUCGCAUUCGCCCUUCUCACACAAGGUAUUUCUACCGACAUCGUCCUCAUCGAUAUGGCUGAGGACAAGCUCAGGGGUGAAAUGUUGGACUUACAGCACGGAUCCCUCUUCCUGAAGGGGGCAUCCAUAAAUGCCAGCACAGAUUACUGUGCUUCGGCCGGAUCCAAGAUCUGCGUCGUGACCGCCGGCGCUCGCCAAAAGGAAGGCGAGACCCGCCUUAACCUGGUGCAAAGGAACACCGACAUCAUGAAGGGUAUCAUCCCGCAAUUGGUGAAGAACUCACCCGACACCAUCCUGAUUAUCGUCAGCAAUCCUUGCGACGUUCUCACCUACGUGGCCUGGAAGGUGAGCGGUUUGCCCAAGAACCGAGUCAUCGGUUCCGGCACCAACUUGGACACGUCGCGAUUCAGGUUCCUGCUCUCUCAACGUCUCGGCGUCUCCCCCAACAGCGUGCACGGAUGGAUCAUCGGCGAACACGGAGACACCAGCGUUCCCGUAUGGUCUGGUGUAAACGUAGCUGGCGUGCGACUUAGGGAGGUCAAUCCCAAAUUCGGUACUGAAGACGAUCCAGAAAACUACAAGCAAAUCCACAAGGACGUAGUAGGUGCUGCCUACGAAGUAAUCAAACUAAAGGGCUACACCAACUGGGCCGUUGGUUUGAGCGUCGCCCAAAUUUGCCAGAGCAUUUUGAAGAAUACCAACAAUGUUCAUGCCGUCACCACUUCUUUGAAGGGCUACCACGGCAUCGAGAAGGGCGUAUUUUUAUCAGUACCGUGUUCGUUGGGAAAAGACGGCGUGACCAAUGUUGUCCAUCAAGUGUUGACCGAAGAGGAACGCGCCCAGUUGCACAGAUCGGCCGAGGCCAUCGACGAAAUCCAAAGUGCUUUGAGGAUUUAAAAAUGCAAACGACGGUUGCCACAAUUUAAUUUUGACUAUGCGCGCCUGAAGUAUUAUUAUUUUUAAGUGUUCAUUGUAUUCGUUCAGUUAGAUGAUUCCUUUAUGUGAUAAAUCUACCUCAAGUAAUAAUUUUAGGACUCUGAUAUUUUUGUAAUUGAUUAAUGGCGAGUCUUGCUAACUGCACAUAUCACUAAUUGCCUGUCAAAGGAUUAUUUUACACUGCUAUUUUUAUAAAUUAAUUUUAAGCUAAGCAUUUAACUCACUUAAUUUCCAUCGAAUGUGAUAAUAUUCUUACAAUAAUGACUAUUUAUGACUGUUUUUAUCUGUAAACAUAUUUUAGUUGUAUUUAUAUUAUGUGUAAGUAAGUGUAUCAUUGUGUUCGUCUUUUUGUGUUCCUAUUAUUUACGUGCUUAACUUAUUAUAUGGAAAUUGUGAAAUCAGUAUAUGAAAUAAAUGCUUCAAAGACCA